AGUUGGUGUUGCUGCAGUGACUCAAGCGCAGAGUGGAGUGGUCGCCGGAGAUGCCUGACGGUCUGUACUGAGGAGCGGCUAGCAGCGCGAUGGAGCGGGCCAGGGACCGCUUACACCUGAGACGGACUACGGAACAGCACGUACCAGAGGUGGAAGUCCAAGUCAAACGUAGAAGGACAGCCUCACUGAGCAACCAAGAGUGUCAGCUGUACCCAAGGCGAUCUCAGCAGCAGCAAAUACCUGUGGUGGAUUUCCAGGCGGAACUGAGACAGGCAUUCUUAGCUGAGACACCAAGAGGUGGUUAAAGCAGUAUUGGAACAUCCAGGUAGCUGAUUUCCAAGUGAAAAAACAGGCUCCAUCUACUGUUUGAAGCUUCUGCCCCAAGCUUGCAUUGUUUAUAGGAGAACCUGCGUCAUACCUUUAUCUGUAGCCUUCCCUUAGGUCUUAAGGAUCCUGAAACCUUACUGUGGACAUUGGAUUUGGUGGAACAGCAA